UUCCAGCACACGGUGCCCGGCUCCUUCACAAUCCCUCCAGCAAUAAGCCAGUGUGCACAAGAAGAAGGAGCUUGCUGCUGGUCCUGAGAUCUAAGGUCUAAGAUCCAGAGCAAGCCACCACUGGCAGUUCAGGAGACUGUGCUAGUAACCACCAGAGCUGAAGACCCCGAAGUAGCUGCUGCAUGCACUGAUUUGCAGUGAGCCCUGUGAACAAAAAAAAAAAGCUGACUCUUCUGCUGAUAGUUGUCUUCUGACUCUUCUAGGAAUGGGUUGUGUGUACUACUACCUGCUGCUAUGCAUGGCAGCCCUUGCCUAUGCCAAGUCAGUUCCAGGCAGUUCCAUGGAUGAGGAGCUAACUGCUCCAAUUAGAGUAAAUGAAGGAACAUCUGACAGUGGGAAGGUCACCUACCGCAUGGACGUUUUUGGACAAGUUCUGACCCUGGACUUAGAAGCAGAUUCCAGUUUCUUAGCCCCUGACUUCAGCCUGCAAUAUGUUGGUACCCCAAAGUCCACUGGAGAAGGACCUGAGGAUUCUUUGGCCAACCUGGCUAAAUGCUUCUAUUCUGGCACUGUCAAUGGGGACCCGUCUUCUAGCGCUGCCCUGAGCCUGUGUGCAGGUAUCAAAGGGGCUUUUUACUAUCUUGGACAAGAGUACUUCAUUCAGCCCAGCAACCACACGCUGACUUCUUCUAGCGACCCCAACCCACUGGUGCUCCAUCUGAUCCGCAGGAGGAGCCGGGCUAAAGCUAAGUGUGGGGUAACUGACCUGCCCAUCCAGACCACAGAAUCUGAGGAGCCACAGUCUCCAAAAACCAUGACACCCACAGGAUCAGGAAAUACAAGAAAAAAAAGAUUUGUAUCCAGUCCACGUUACUUGGAAACUUUGCUUGUGGCUGACCAAUCUAUGGCAGAAUUUCAUGGAAGCAGCUUAAAACACUACUUACUCACAUUAAUGUCUGUAGCUUCCAAGCUCUACAAACAUCCCAGCAUCCGGAAUUCAAUCAGCCUGGUGGUGGUAAAGAUUCUCGUUAUCUACGAGGAUCAAAAAGGUCCAGAAAUUACCACCAAUGCAGCUUUGACCCUAAGAAACUUUUGCCACUGGCAGAAACAACUGAACCCUGUGAGCGACCGCCACGCAGAACACUAUGACACUGCAAUACUUUUUACGAGACAGGAUCUUUGUGGUGCCCAGACAUGUGACACCCUUGGGAUGGCUGAUGUUGGAACAGUCUGUGAUCCAAGUCGUAGUUGCUCAGUUAUUGAAGAUGACGGCUUGCAAGCAGCCUUUACAACAGCCCAUGAAUUAGGUCAUGUGUUCAAUAUGCCACAUGAUGAUGCAAAACAGUGUGCCACCUACAAUGUUGCAAACCAGGAUUCACACAUGAUGGCAUCUAUGCUUUCCAACCUGGACAGACGAGAGCCAUGGUCUCCUUGCAGUGCAUACAUGAUAACAUCCUUUUUGGACAAUGGACAUGGAGAAUGCUUACUGGACAAGCCCAACAGACCAAUCCAGCUCCCCUCAGAUCUCCCUGGAACACUGUACGAUGCCAAUAAGCAAUGCCAAUUUACAUUUGGAGAUGAGUCCAGACAUUGUCCAGAUGCCGCUAGCACGUGUACGACCUUGUGGUGCACCGGAGUCUCCGGAGGGCUGCUCGUGUGCCAAACUAAACACUUCCCAUGGGCAGAUGGAACAACUUGUGGAGAAGGGAAAUGGUGUAUGAAUGGAAAGUGUGUAGACCAAGCCGACAAGAAGCACUACGAGAUUCCAGUUCAUGGUGGCUGGGGACCGUGGGGUCGCUGGGGUGAAUGUUCUAGAACAUGUGGGGGAGGCAUCCAAUAUUCUCUUCGAGAGUGUGACAGUCCUGUCCCUGAAAAUGGUGGGAAAUAUUGUGAAGGAAAGCGGGUGCAGUAUCGAUCAUGCAAUAUUGAGGACUGUCCUGAUAAUAAUGGUAAAACAUUCAGAGAGGAGCAAUGUGAAGUGCACAAUGACCUUUCCAAGUCUCCUUUUGGCAAUGGGCCUGCAGUGGAAUGGACCCCCAAAUUUGCAGGUGUUCCCCCGAAAGAUCGCUGCAAACUUAUGUGUCGGGCGAAAGGAACAGGAUAUUUCUUUGUAUUGAAUCCCAAGGUAGUUGAUGGUACCCCAUGUAGUCCAGAUUCCACCUCAGUCUGCAUACAAGGUCAAUGUGUCAAAGCUGGCUGUGACCGAGUAAUUGGCUCCAGCAAGAAGUUUGACAAGUGUGGAAUUUGUGGAGGUAAUGGAUCGACCUGCAAGAAAGUUUCCGGCACCUAUAGUAACGCACGACCUGGCUACCAUGAUGUUGUGACCAUUCCAGCUGGAGCAACCAAUAUUGAAGUCAAACAACGAAAUAAUAGAGGUUCAAGACACGAUGGCAGCUUUUUGGCAAUCAAGGCAACUGAUGGCAGUUAUGUUCUUAAUGGUGGUUAUACAUUAUCAACUAUGGAACAAGACAUUACUCAUAAUGGAAACAUACUGAGGUAUAGUGGAUCUUCAGCAGCUUUAGAAAGGAUUCGCAGCUUUGGUACUCUGAAAGAGCCUAUAACUAUCCAAGUUCUUACUGUGGGAGAGUCACAUCGGCUGAAGAUCAAGUACAUAUAUUUUGUCAAGAAACCAGCUCAGUCAGAGAAGAUUUCUAAUAAAAAGAAGGAAUCUUUUAAUGCCAUACGAGAGACAAUUCUCUCAGAAUGGGUCAUUGAAGAAUGGGGAGAAUGUUCAAAGACAUGUGGGUUAGGAUGGCAGAGAAGAUCUGUAGAAUGCAAAGACCUAAGAGGUCAACUUUCAGCAGACUGUGCCAAAGAAUUGAAGCCCGAUGACAUCCGACCAUGUGCAGACACACCAUGUCCUCAAUGGCAGCUUGGAAAUUGGUCAUCCUGUUCUAAGACUUGUGGGAAGGGUUUCAAAAAGCGGUUUUUAAACUGUGUUUCAUACGAAGGUAACAACCUGCCUCAGGAAAGCUGUGAUCCUCUAAAAAAGCCAAAACAUUUGAUAGACUUCUGUACUAUUUCUAACUGUAGUUAGAAAGCAUCCGAUUUUGAAAAAUGUUAGGUUCUAUCAAAAAUCAAUAUGCUGUAAGCAGAGUUUGGUGGAAAGAGUUUGUUGCACGUGCAAACCUGAGGUUCGAAAGUUGUUGAAUGGCAACAGAGCAAAUAACUGCUGUGGGGUCUACAUCGUGAAGCUUAAUACCAAUUGCACGUUUUGGAAGUAUGGUGAAUUAAUGGCCUUCGUUCAUCUUUAGAAAAUCCCUGGGGCUACAAAAGUUUAGAAUGUCUGUCAUCAGUGAAAAGGAAUGGAGACAAUUCAAUUUUUGCCAAAUUAGAGAAAUGGGCCUCAGGUGUUUCUAACAAUUAUUUAGCCUGAUAUGUUUGAAACUUCUAACUCAGUGGGCAGGCAAAUGUUUUCAUCUUUGUACUAGUACAUGGUCAGGGUCAACCUACCUCAGUUACGAAGGCCAAAAACAGGAGUAGAAAAUUAUAUUCAGCAUAGAUUGUUGUGGCUGCUAUUGUAUUACAGUAUAUUUUUAUAAAGAAAAUAAGCAAUAUUCUCAUCCAUAAACUUUAUGAAUAUUCCGUGGACCAAAUGUUGGCUGUAUUAUCAUACCCUAAUGUACUGCUUUCCAACAAAAGUUCUGUGAUCCAGAUGUUGUCCGUGCAAACUAUUACAUCAUUAUUUUUACAGGCCCUGGCUCAGUAUAGAAUUGAAAAGGUCUUUUGAUGACCCCAUUAAGAAGUUGGACAGUACCUUUCUAUUUUCUCAGUCGGUCCACGAGAUCCACAAGCAUUGCAGGUUUUAAGGAUUUUCUUUAAGGAACAAAAUUAAUACAUUAAAAGAUCCGCCUCUUUUAAUGGGAUCAUAGCCUUGAAAGCUGUCCCAUUGGUCACUAACAUUGAGACAUUGUUUCUUAAUGGUAGGAGAAAAAGUAUGAAUGAUAGUGAAGUCGAUGACGUGUGCAUGAAUGUGUUGGCUUUUUACACCAAAAACAAGGGUUUACUUACAGUAUAGUUACAAAGUACUUUAGCUCUUGUGGGUCAAAAGUUAACACAAUGAAGUGUAAUCUACGUGUAGGCCAGUAUUGAGUACAAGAUAGAAAUAUAUAGAUGUAAACAAUGGGGGUUUUUAAAUAAAUAAGUAUAUUUUAGGAAUAUUACAUGUUCCUUGAAAAAUGCAAUAUGGAAAAAAAUAAAAUAAAAAUAAUUAUACCAGGGAUGGCCCACUGGCAGCUCAUCAGCUGUUGUUGGACUAAAAAUCCCAAGUAUCUUCAUCCAAGAGGAUUAUGGGAGUUAUCGUUCAAGAACCACUUUGGAGUCAAAGUAGACCACCCCUUUGGUAGACAGUCCUGAGGAUUGCAGGUUUAUCCACAACUGUUAACCAACCAAUAUUUGCCGCAAGUCUAUGCAAGGUUAUAGACUCUUUGAGAAUAUAAUUUUAUUUUAUGUAUGUAUAUAUAUAUAUAUAUAUCUAUAAAAUGUACUUUAUAAGUAUUCGCUUUUUCUCUUCCAUGAAGGGUAUGUCCGGAGGACACAUAUUGAACCUAUUUAUUUUUGUACAUCAAUGAUUAUAUUUUAAGUUAUCGCUUCUUAUAACAUAAAUAGAGUAUUUAUGCAUUAUAUUGUUAAUAGAAAUAAUAAAAAAUACAAUUACAAAAAUA